UUUAUUGUUUGCCGCAUUGCGACUUAGAAUUUAGCCGCAGAAGGUUCCCAAAUAACCAGAUGAACGCAGUUACCAUUUGCCUAAUCUGUUUGGCAUGCACUUAUGCGGCAAAUAUUCCUUCAAAAUCAUGCCCAGUGGAGGCUGAUUGUGGUAAGGUAGAUGAGUCAAACGCCAUUUGCGGAUUGGAUGAAGAACAAGGUUGUAUUCAAAAAUAUCUUUCCAAGUGUCAUUUGGAUAUUGCAGCCUGCCAUAAGGGAAAAAAUUUAACAGACUACAGUGAGGUGUAUUGCUCAAUGGAAUCGUAUUUCUGCGAAAAAUCAUCCACAUACGAGCGCUGGACCAUUUUCUUUGGCAAUGAAACCAAUUAGAAAACAACUAAUGGUAGUUUAAACAAAUAUGUGGGAAAUGUGCUUAUGACUGUCGCUUGAUUAAUGAAACAAAUACUAAACAAAAAAUUACUAAGUUUUGUUCAGCA